CAGGUAUAUAAGGAGGUGCGAGGCGGGGCGGGCAUCCAGUCUUGUGUUGGGCUACAUACGGACGGGACGCACCUCGACGCUCCUGUCAGCUUGCUCUCUCCAGUCUCGAGAACUUCCCUUAAGCCAAGAUGCGUGAGUGUAUCAGCGUCCACGUGGGCCAGGCCGGCGUGCAGAUCGGCAACGCGUGCUGGGAGCUGUACUGCCUGGAACAUGGCAUCCAGCCCGACGGUCAGAUGCCCUCCGACAAAACGGUUGGCGGCGGCGACGACUCCUUCAACACCUUCUUCAGCGAGACGGGCAGUGGCAAGCAUGUGCCCAGGGCUGUCUUCGUGGACCUGGAGCCCUCCGUCAUUGACGAGGUCCGCACCGGCACCUACCGCGCGCUCUUCCACCCCGAGCAGCUCAUCACGGGCAAGGAGGACGCCGCCAACAACUAUGCUCGCGGUCACUACACCAUCGGCAAGGAGAUCGUCGACGUGGUGCUGGAGAAGGUGCGCAAGCUGGCCGACCAAUGCACAGGUCUUCAGGGCUUCCUCAUCUUCCACUCCUUCGGCGGAGGCACUGGCUCCGGCUUCACCUCCCUGCUGAUGGAGCGCCUCUCGGUGGACUACGGGAAGAAGAGCAAGCUGGAGUUCGCUAUCUACCCCGCCCCCCAGGUGGCUACAGCGGUGGUGGAGCCCUACAACUCCAUCCUGACCACCCACACCACCCUCGAGCACUCCGACUGCGCCUUCAUGGUCGACAACGAGGCCAUUUAUGACAUCUGCCGCCGGAACUUGGACAUCGAGAGGCCCACCUACACCAACCUCAACCGACUCAUUGGCCAGAUCGUGUCCUCCAUCACCGCCUCCCUCAGGUUCGACGGCGCCCUGAACGUUGACCUGACGGAGUUCCAGACCAACCUUGUGCCCUACCCUCGCAUCCACUUCCCGCUGGUGACCUACGCUCCCGUCAUCUCCGCCGAGAAGGCCUACCACGAGCAGCUGUCUGUCGCGGAAAUCACCAACGCCUGCUUCGAGCCCGCUAACCAGAUGGUGAAAUGCGAUCCCCGCCACGGCAAGUACAUGGCCUGCUGUCUGCUCUUCCGCGGCGACGUGGUGCCCAAGGAUGUGAACGCCGCCAUCGCCGCUAUCAAGACCAAGCGGACCAUUCAGUUCGUGGACUGGUGCCCCACUGGCUUCAAGGUGGGCAUCAACUACCAGCCGCCCACGGUGGUGCCCGGCGGUGACCUGGCCAAGGUGGCGCGCGCCGUGUGCAUGCUGUCCAACACCACUGCCAUCGCCGAGGCCUGGGCCAGACUCGACCAUAAGUUUGACCUCAUGUAUGCCAAACGCGCCUUCGUCCACUGGUACGUCGGUGAGGGUAUGGAGGAAGGCGAGUUCUCUGAGGCCCGCGAGGAUUUGGCCGCCCUGGAGAAAGACUACGAGGAGGUGGGUCUGGACUCCGCCGAGGGUGAGGGUGAGGAGGAGGAGGGGCAGGAGUACUAAGUCACCCAGCCCCCUUAGCCCCUCCUAGACCCAGCAGCUAAAUGACCUCAGCAGACCCCCAGGACGCCCUCAAGACAUGUUCAAGAAUACCACAAGCCCCUUUCAUGUUCACCAGCCCCCAUAUUCAGCCCCCACAGACAAUUCUAAGCCCCUUUCAGGCUCCCCAGUUAGUCCUCUCAGCCCCCCCAGCCCCCUUUAAAUAUUAAGUUCCAUUAGGUUUCUCUUAACUAUUUCAGCCCCAUCCCAGGCCAUUCUUAGCCCCCAUACAAGCUCCCCAGUUCCCCCCAAAGGAUCUCAGUCGAUUCAUCCCCCAGUUAGCCCUGUCACUGCCCACUCCCAGCCCCAUUUGAAGAUUCAGUCCCAUUAGGUUUUUCUUAGCUCUCAAUUCAGCCCCUUUGCGAUUUCUAUGGUAGUCCCAAAGUGGUCUGAAUCUGGUAUCUCAACCCCUAUAUGAGUUCUAAGCCCCCUUCACCCCUUUCCAGCCCCCCCAGCCCCCCAUGAUCAAAUUUUCCCCUACAAGCAAAAUGGUUAUACAAAUUGAGCCUUCCUGCCUACCCUUCCCUUUUCUUCCCUUUCCUUUCCCUGAAGAAGAAGAAGAAGAAGAAGAAGAAGAAGAAGAAGACUAUCACAAACAACAUCCAUAACAUCAAAAACAAUAACAUCAACUCAGCAAACACGAACAACAACAACAAUAAUAAUAAUAAUAAUAAUAAUAAUAAUAAUAAUAAUAAUAACAAUAGCCACAUCAACAUAACUAAAAAAAUGCAUUGCCAUAUCUCUAACUAACCCUAAAAUACCCGUGCCAACUUCUUUUUCCUUAUAUUAACUUUCACAAUACAAAAUAAUACCACCCAAAACAACAUCACUGGUAUUAAAGACUAAUGAGGGUUGAAUAUACCCCUUUUUCACACCAUUAUUACGCCGUUCCUUCUCACUCUACGCGGUUGUCACUCUAUCAGGCCAUAGAUACACCUUACAAGCCUCACUUCACCCUAUGGAGACCUUAUGACAGGCGUGCAUAGCGUAGAAAACGUUGAAAUAGGUACGUACCAUAUUUUGCGACAGCCCGCACUCCGACGUCUGGUUGGUCCGGGUCUGGGUCUCGGUUUGUUUAUGUAUGUUGAUGAUUGUUCUGCCUUUACAUCGGGGUAGCAUUGUCAUUUGGUAUGGUGGUGGUUUUCCUUCUUUGCAACGGGGUGUCAUUAUCGUCACUAUGUCUGUAAGAUAAUGAUUAAUAAUGAAGAAUAAUGAAACAAUGCACGUAAAGUAGAUAAAAAAUGAAGUUAAGUGCCAAAAUAUUAUUGAUUAUGUGCCAAAAAUAAGAGAAUGGAUAGAUUAGUUAAGUAGUUUGUGAUUAUAAUAGACAUUUUUUUGUCUUUUUUCACUGGUUAUAUAGACGCAUCAUUAUUGAUAUUACUAUUAUUAUUAUUAUUAUUAUUAUUAUUAUUAUUAUUAUUAUUAUUAUUAUAUGACCUCUGUAACCUAACCUCUUCUCUUUGGCCUCAACCUUUUCCUUCUUUUCUCUUUCCUUCACCUUCCUUCUCUUAUCUUUCCUUCCUUUCUCUUUCCUUCACCUCCCUUCUCUUCUCUUAUCUUUCCUUUCCUUUCUUUUCUUUCCUUUCCCUUUUCCUAAUACUACUUUCCUUUCCCUUCUCUUUCAUUUCCUUCCCUUAUCUUCCCUUCCUUUCCUUUCUUUGAGCCUCCCUUCCUCUCCUCACGACCUGACCUGACCCCUCUUUCUCCUCCCUCUGCCCCCCCCUCCCUCCCCCCUUGGGCAACGUAGCAGGCGGUGUCUCUUUGUCUCUGUCUGUCAGGUGUAAACAAACGACUCAACAGGUGAACUAAAAAAGGUAUCAACAAACAAAACAAAACAAAAAAGUCAAAAUGGCGAAAUAAUAAUAAACGAUAACAUGCA